AUGCGUGAUUCUCUGACUGUGGUCAUGGCGAGGAGCACGCCAUUUUACUACGUGAAAGAGACCGAAUGCGCUUAUGAGGGCGUUGAUGUUCUCAUAGUAUCGGCAUUGAAUCAAGCAUUGCGAAAAAACUUCUCUAUACGCACUUCCCCGGAACGAAGUUGGGGCUCAUGUACGACCGGCAACUGUACUGGGAUGAUCGGCAUGCUACAAAGAAAAGUCUUCGACCUUGCCAUGUCGGGCAUGUCAAUAUCCUAUGAUCGUCGACGGUACGUCGAUUUCAGCUUCCCCUAUCUCCAAGAUAGGUUAACCUUCGUUGUACGAGCCCCGCGCGUCUUGGAUCCAUCCAGUGCCAUCAUAAAACCGUUCGAAGCCGAGGUUUGGGAGUAUCUGAUCCUUGUCGUUGUCAUUUCCAUCGUUAUACGUCAACUCGCCCGUUUAAUGCCGUCAGUAUUCCACGAUUUCCUGGACUUGCUCGACAUCUUCAGCAUACUCUUGGGAAAAGGGCAAAUCCAUGUGCCCGAGCUUCUAUCUCAAGGUAUGGUCCUUUGUUCGUGGCUAAUCAUUUCGUUGGUUCUGUCGACGUGUUAUUCUGGAGUUCUGUUCUCAUCGAUGACUCGUCCCGGGCUAGAAGACGUCGUCAACACCAUACCCGAGCUGACGGAGGCCUUGGUGAACAAGCGAAUAGCCUGCGGGACGCUGAGGAACACUCACUUGGAGAAGUCUUUGCAGCAAGACGGGUCUCCGAAGCCUUUCGAGAGGGCCAUACUCGAGUCUCUGAAGUCUGGCGAAAAUUACGUGAACAGUGACGUCGCGGGUCUUGAGCGAUGCAAGAGCGGCCGAUUCGCAUACAUCGGGGAAUAUAUUGGUAUUUCCGCCGAUGUCGAAGAUACAGGAACAGUAACCUUCGCCGACGACUCCUUUCAACUGGUUCUUUAUGGCGUAGCGAUGAGACAACAGCUGAAUAUUGCGGAGGAGCUGAAUCUAGUAAUCAUCCAGCUUUGGGAUCACGGUCUCGUGGAGUACUGGUUGGCCAACGCAACUUAUAAUCCUCGACGCAGCGUCGAUCAGCGGAGCCCGGAAAAUUUAGCAAUUCGACACAUAAGAGGCGCUCUCAGCUCCCUAUGGGCCGUAUGCGCUGCAUUGGUGGUUCUCAUCGCGGAAAGAGGAUUGGAAAUGUUCGAAAACAAUCAUGCGAAACUCGUGUUCAAUAAAACAGAUUGA